GCCACACGUAGCCUAUGGGGACCUGUGAAGGGAAGAAGAAGGCUUCUCUAGCGUCUGGGAAUCGUAAAUUCAUGGGUCAGAGGACUUCACCUCUCUCGCUCUCUACAAGACUUUUGGCCAUGUCUCCUUCUGGUUGGUUCCUUCUCUGGACCGCGCUGCUCGUGUUCGGGGUGCAAAGGGCUGACAGCGGCAGAUCCAAGGUCAAUUCCAUCAAGUCUCCGGUCAGUGGACAGUCUCCGGACCAACUGCCCGUCAACAGAUCCACCGUGAUUCCGCAGGCGAAGGUCAAUAAGAAAAGUGCCGCCGGGAGCCAGAAACAAGCAUGCAGCAGCGAUAAGGAAUGUGUGCCGAGUGGUUACUGUCACCACUCACACCACCAAGGCUACCCGACCUGCCUCUCCUGCAGACGAAGGAAGAAGCGAUGCCACAGAGACUCCAUGUGUUGCCCUGGGAAUUACUGCAGUAAUGGGAUCUGUGUUGCACUUCUUGAUGGCACUCAGCACAGGACCUCCACUGGGGAUGUACAAGAGCACUCGAAAAAGGUCACACACCGUGGAUCCAAGGGCACAUACUGGCAGAUUGUGGGCAACACCCAGGCUAAACCAUCACGUGAGAAAGGUCAUGAAGGAGACUCUUGUUUACGUUCUUCUGAUUGUGCGGAAGGAUUCUGUUGCGCCCGCCACUUUUGGACCAAGAUUUGCAAGCCUGUUCUUCGUCAGGGAGAAGUAUGUACAAAGCAGAAGAGGAAAGGUUCACAUGGCUUAGAGCUUUUCCAGCGCUGUGACUGUGCUAAAGGACUUUCCUGCAAAAUUUGGAAAGAAGCCAAAUCGAGGCUCCACAUCUGCCAGAAAAUCUGAAUGCAUUGGGAUUGUGCGACAUCCCCGAGACUGUGUGAAACAAGGUGCUUUAUAGGACCAUAUCAUGUAAAUAAUGCAGGAUUUGUUAAAGCAGCUUUUCUUUAACAAGAAUCCUUUCUCGCUUAAUGCAAAAGCGCAAAGAAGACAGGUCCAAGAGUCACAGCAUUUUCACUUCAGCUAAUCCAUGACAGGUUACCAUUUUCAAAUAAAUUAAAAGCCUUACAGCAGGCAGCAUUGGCCUGCAGUCUUUAUUUUCCAUUACAAUUUGUAAUUUUCAGUGUGUGGGUAUCACUAACAGGUCUGGUAUUUAUUUCUCAUCCCAGUGCCCCCCCCCCCCCACAAAGUUGAUGAUAGGUCUACAUUUGAGCUCCCACUGUUGGAAAUGACCCACAAUGAUAUUGGUUGGAUUAUGUGAACUACACAUAUAACCUUUCUGCACAAGUGGAAGCCAUUUGAUCCAUAGGGCCUGUCCCAGCACUUUAAAACAUAUUGACAUGCAUGCAAGCCUGCAUUUAUUGACUUGCAGUGUUGCCUCUGGGAGAGCAGGAGCAGUCACCAUCUUUCAUCAUUUCUCCAGUGGGCUGCCAAAGAACAGUCAUUAGUCAUGUCUUUUCCCACAUAAAACCUAUUGGUUUCAUCUGCAGAGAUGCCAUUCGCCAGAGUCGCACAAAGUUACACACUUCAAACAUUUCACUAGUAGCUUUGUAUCAAGAAACUUCAGUGAGAUAAACAAUAUUACAGACAAGUCCCACAGCCCCUCAAAUCUGCUCCUCCAUUCAACUCCACCAUGGAGAAUAUCUCUCCAGUUCAUCUAUCCACCACUUUCAUGCAGACUCCAAGUCCCUUUUAUCUCUUGUUACAUUAGAGACAAAGCCACUAACCUAAUUCAAAUAGUUAAGACCACAUUUAUCAUUGAGAAAACUAAGACCAAACAUUUAUAUCUCAAGAAAAGGUGAAAAGUCAAAAGGCCGUUUUCAAUUAAUCACCGAAUAAGCUUUAGGAAGUUUGUUGAAUAGCUUAUCUAAAACAAUCUAAGCUUGUGUAUCAGAUUCCUUUCUUCAAAGUGUUAUGUGAUUCAUGAUAUUUAAAAAUCUGUUUCAAAACACGUAAGUUAAAAGAUGCAUUGCAUGAAGUUAAAGUGAGGGCUACUCACUACUGGUCCAAUCAACCUGUUGCUAAUUUGUGUAUUUUUAUGAAAAAUAAACAACAGGAGAAUAUUACACAGUAGACGCUAGAAGAAUGCAGAGCACCUGGAGAAGUGGCUUGACGGGAGGGGAAAUUCUACAUAAUGCCUGAAGCUAUGAAGUGAUGAAUUUGGUAAAGAAAAUUGGGAAAUAAGUAAUGUAAAUGCUGAUCUUCUUGUCCUUGAUCUUUUACACUGUUCUAAUGCAACUAAACAUAAGCUUGAAGGGCAAUGUCUCAUAUUCAGGACUCAUUGAAUAUUCAGUGAUUUCAGAUAAUUAAUAAUUAUAUUCUGGCACUUUUCAUUUCCAAAGUUAAAUUUAUUUUUAUUUUCUCAAUUUCUCCCAUUCCUCCAAACUAUUUUUAGUUAUAUCAUAAUUAAUCUCUUUAGCACCCUCUUUCAUCUUUUACUUUCACCAUAUUUGUCAUUUAUCUUCCACUCUUUUCCCCACCUUGUCUUGUGUUCACAUCAAAGCUCUUCCAGUUUUGUUCAGACACCAUCAAGUGAAAUGUUCGUUCUGUUUCUAUCUUUAUAUGUAGCACCUGAUUACAGUAUCUGUUUACUUUCAGACUUUAUUUCAGCUUUCCACAACUGCAGUAUUUUACAAGUAGUCUUGCUUAGAAGGGGAUGCAGAAACACAAAGUAUUGUGUGUUCUUUGGUGCCAUAUGUAGAUUGAUAGAAAAUAUAUAGGACCCUUAAUUUUACUAAAGCAAGAAACAUUUGCCAGAUUUUUACUGGUUAGGUCUGAGCUAGAGUACCAUAUCCAAUGUAAGCACCAUCAAAAUGGCAAAGCCUGAGGUUGGGUGCAGAAGCAACUUAAUGAAACUUCAGUAAAGUUAUUUAAUGAGAUCAGAGAAAAUGUGUUUGGAGAAGAGACAGUAACGACAAGAUUUAAAAGAAGUGUUCAGGCUAAUAAAAAGAUUUUGAUAUUGGAAAUGGGGAAAUACUUUAAACUGACAGGAAACUCUAUUACCACAGCUUUAAGGUUAUUAGUAACAGAACCAAACUGAUGUGGAAACUUUGAUUUACAGCAGGUUGUGAUCUGGAAUGCACUAACUGAUGGGUCAGUGAAGCAGACUAAAGCUCAAUAGUGAAUAGCUUAAUAGUGAAUCAGAUACACAUGUAAGGAUAGAGCUACAGGGAGAUGCAAGGUUGUAUCACUCCAGUGCUGAAGGCAUAAUUGUUGAUCAUGUCUUUGAUUCUAUGGAGACAUCAUAAUUGGUGGCACCAGUCAAUCAUUGUUGCAAUACAUCCAACUAGCACUAAGGCUAGUUUAACAUCUGGAAAUUUAGUAGUUGGGUAAUAUCAGUUCACCUUUGAUCAUGUGUUUGUUGUUGACUUUAAAACAAAAUUUCAGCAAAAGCCCUUGUAUCGUACGCUGGCAAAAGAAAGGGUGUAAGGAGAUGUGGCAGGGGGAAUAAGUGAAGUUGAUCUAUCAAGAGGAGAUAAAGCUGAUAGUUUUUGUCACCAUCAAUUCUUAAUCAAUCCAUGAAACUGAACUGUGGUUACAAUAUUAGAUCAUGCUGUUCUUAGCACAGUCCAAUAUAUUUAAUUUUACAAGUUGAUUCAGUCAGUAAAAAAUGGAAACCAUAAGUGACAACAAUUGGAUGAGGCAGGAACUAGUGAAUUAGGAGCCUUUUAUUCAGUAAGGUUGUAAUACUCCAAAUUUUCUUCCCGAUAAUUGAGUUGCAGAAUGAAAACAGACUGCCAUUUUGCUGAAGCUCAUGCUGGCAAAGGCCAAGUUCUCACCCCUAUUAACUUUAGUGAAACUUUCCAGUUAAGCACUCCCUGGACUUUGAAAGUACCUUUCAGGAAAAUGUGCAUCCUCGAUUUUUGCCCAAUGAGCAGAAAACCAGGGAACUAAAAUACAGACUGUCAAAAUGAGCUGUGAACUGUAUUUUUACCCAACUGGCAGUAAGGUGAGAUCAAAUAUUUCGUUGGCAGCACAUAUUUGCACAUGUUUACACUUAACAGAGCUUCAUCGCUUCAGAUCAAAGUGCACUGGGUGGAACACUUGCACACAUUAGUGAGCCAAAUUGUCAUAAUACUUACAUAUAUUGACGAAAGGAUCAGAAAUCAGGUUGAGAAAAGAGAGAUUGUGACAUAGACCAUGCCAUAUAUUAACAGAAUUUUCCUCAGUAUCAAUAACAAAGGAGAAAAGUAUCUUAUAAUGUCACAAACAUGUUGGUGAUUGCUAAGUGUAAACAUGUACAGGAUUUUAUGUGUGAGAUUUCUUUUGAAGAGAAAAUUCAAGCCAGUUCUUGUCUCUACUUGUGGGGUGCUGAGUCUAAUUUUCUGGUUGUGCUAACACGUGUAGCAAUUUUUUGUUCUUUUAAGAGUUUGCUACAAAUAUCAAGAUGUAUUUUUAAUAUUCUGACACCUCAAGGUUUUAAAGCCCACGUAAAGCAUAAUGAAGUACGUACUAUUAGUGAAUAAUGCUUAGAACAACAGAUGUAACAUAGAUAAAGUUAUGUUAAUCCCUCUUCUUAAACUGCACAUUAUAGUGACUGUGGAAAAAGAAAAUGGUGAGGUAAUUUUGGAGAGAAUUAUACAGGGAACUAUGGAUAGCAGUGAGAGUUUGCCAGAAAAUUAUCUUUUUAAAGGAGUCCAGAUGAUGAAUUGCUUGAAAUUUGCUGUUGAAGUUUAUCUUGAUCUGUAUCCAGUGAAUGGGAUUAUUUUUAUCCCAGUCAUUCUGCUAGUUAUUUCCUGUAAUAGUGCUGUUGACGAUGCAAUGUUAAGAUGCAAGAUGCAAAAUGUCAGUCUAUAUAAAGGUUACUGGGAGAUUGUAGUUGCAUUAUAAGGGAUAUUGUGUGUGUUAUGUUGUGCCGGAGUCUGUGCAUGGCUUAAAUUGGUUUGGAAUAUCUAUGGUUAUAAGAGGCACAAGCAAGAUCCAUGCACAUAAGGGAAUUUUGAAUCAACUGGGCAUCAAUCCAUUACCACUCAAUAUUCAGAAUAACUAAGUAACUGCUGGCCACUUCCAAAUUUAAAAAAAUGACAAUUGGAAGAGAUGAAGAGAUGAACACAGCCACAAGGGAUUCUGCUAAUGCUGGAAAAGAAGAGAGAUGCAGAAGACAUGAAAAGUUGUUUGAGAUCACAGAUGACACAAAUACCAAUCAUAUAAAGUCACGUAUUAAAUAAGUUAUUAUACUUAUUGUUUGCAGCGGAUUUUCUCAGAAAGCAGGAUCUGGGGAAUGAGACACCGCAAUAUACUAUACACAUCAUUCAGUUUGCUUUGUGGAUAUAAUUACUGCUGGUAUGCUAAGUAAGUCAAAUGGAAGUUAUCAUCUCUUGACUUUCCCAUCCCCUCUAUUGUCUCUACAUCCCUCAUCCUACCACCCAUCAUCACCAUAAAUAUUAAAGACACCAUUGUAAUUAUUAAAGGAAUAUAUGUAUUGAAUUUCAGACUUAUUUUUAAAGCAGGUAUCACAGAUUUCAAAAUACUGAGAGAAUUUCUAAUUAUUUUACAUCUACCAAUAUUCUGUUUUCACAUCAAUGUUAUUAAAAUAGCAAGAUUAUUUAAUCUAAGAUUAAAUCUACCAUUUUGCUGUGGAAUUCUUACAGGUGUUUCAGUGUUGCUUUUCAGAGCUGUUAAUAUCAUUCAACUAGAACCAAUUAUAUUUAGUUUAAAAUCCCAUGUUGCAAGGGGAAAUAAAGUUUUCUUUUGUAUAGUAUUUUACAUGUAUUCAAAAGAAUUUAUUUUACA